ACGGAUUACUACUCUACCGGUAAACCGAACACUUAACUAUUAUUGAACCGAUUCAGCUCCCUGUCAUCCGAAGGCCUAUCAUGCUCUCUGUUGAUUGAAAACAACAAAUGUGUGUAGUUAAUGUUACAACGUCAGUGAACCGAAAACAAACAUGUCGACGCAAAAAGUGAUUUCCAGUCAAAAAAUGCCAUUAAAAAUGAAUUCAAAAUCAAUAAAAGUCAAAACACAGGAAUUUUUAUCGUCGAGAAAAAAGUUACAACCGUUAAAUGAUAUAUUAAAAGAGUUCGAGAUAUGUGUCCAAAACGAAUCGACGAUAACUCCGUAUUUGCUGGCGCUGGAAAAAAUCUUCACAGAAUUGCUCAAAACACGUGAGAUGGUCACAACCAUAAAACCAUCAAAGAUAAAAGUAGAUUGUUACGCUGAGAUACAAUUGCGUGAAGCUUUACAAAAGCACUAUGAAACAGUCUGGAAGCAAAUAUUGAAUGGUAUGCUGAAUCCUGAUGAGGCUGAGAGUACACAAGCAUUGGUGACAGCCAUGCAUAUACUGUGCUCAGAAGCAAAAUAUCCAAAAAAUCCCGAUUCCAAAUCAAUGAUAUCAACCAGCAAGUUCAGAAGUAUCAUACAACAAAUGCUUUCGGUGAAAAAAUUGAAUCAUCAUCUUUUCGCAAGAUUCAAAGAGUACGGUUCAUAUUUGGAUAUUGUGUACACUUUGUGGAAAAUUCUGCCCGACAUAACGAUCAAGGAGAAGUCUCCAAGUGAUAUUUAUGUUCAAAACUACUUAGAUUUGAUAAAUGCUAUUCCCAUCAGUGCUGAAGUUCAAGAAAAUAAACAAUUGUUGUGCUGUAGUGAGGACAUAUUCGACUUUGACUAUCCAGUUGUGCGCAAAAAUUUGAACAAAGUGUGGGCAUGCAUUCUACAAUGGACCAAUGAUUUAUCGGAAAAUUCGCACAAACAACUGUUGGUUGUGUUAAUUGAGAAAAUCUUAUGUCAUUUGGAUAAACCAAUUCUUUUGACCGAUUUUUUGAUGGACUCAUUAGAUGUUGGUGGUCCUGUGAGUUUGCUCGCUCUGCAAGGCGUGUUCACAUUGAUUCAACAACACAAUUUGACAUACCCAAAGCUUUACGAAAAAUUAUAUUCUAUGUUUGAACCAGAAAUCUUCCACACAAAGUAUAAGGCCCGUUUAUUUUAUUUGGCAGACAUUUUUCUAAGCUCUAGUCAUUUGCCGGAAAAUUUGGUAGCUGCAUUUGCUAAGCGUCUGGCACGUUUGGCUCUGGUUGCACCCACCCAAGAUAUUAUCACAAUUAUUUACUUUAUUGGAAAUUUAAUUUUGCGUCAUCCGGGCCUCAAACGAAUGAUCAGCCAUCCGAUGGGCGACAAAAUACCAAGCGAUCCAUAUUUAAUGGACGAACGAGAUCCAGUACAAUCGAAUGCAAUUGAAAGUUCACUGUGGGAAAUAGCAUCGUUACAACAAGAUGUUGUACCAACAGUUGCUCAGGCAGCCAAACUUAUUUCAAAUCCAUUACCAAAGUGUGAAUGGAAUCUAAGUAAUCAUCUCGAUGUCGACGAAAAUGAUCUAUUUGAUCAGGAAAUUUUGAAACGCUCCAAAGAAUAUGCCCUUAAUUUCGAGAGACCACAAUCGGCAUUAGUUCCAAAUGCCACAGACGCAUUUUCAAAAUACUGGAAACUAUUUUGAAAUGACACAAAGCAUUUUAUUUAAUGUCUAGCUCAUAUUUAAUUGUCAGAAUCUAUCUGGUGUUUAGCACUACACAUGUUACAUUACGAAUAGAAAUAAUUCGUAGCUCCCCGAACUAAAUUAAAUCAUACCGUCAUUGUAAUAUUGCAAUAAUUGUAAUGAAAGCCCAUUCUUUAUUUUGUAUAAAAAAAAAAAUCCAUAAUAAAUAGCAUAUUUGCACCGACAUAAUCGAAUAGA